AUUAGCAAAAUAUGAAAUGAUGAUCAUUGAGAAAUGCUAAAUUUCUUAUGUGAACGCUUCACAGAUAAGAAGUUCAGUACAGUAACAGACCGGGCGUUUCGAAAAGAAAAUACAAUGAUAUAGCUGUUUAUUUAAAUAUUUCUUCAGUUUAAUAUUACGUAGUAUGUGAAUGGGAAACAAAAUUUCAAGACAGAGAAGGGAUUUGAGGAGCAGUGAUGAGGAGCUGUCUUUGCGUGUGUGUAAGGUGUUGGACCAGCUGGGCUACAGUCAGUCCAUGGUUGAACACAGGCGGGAGGUUUGGAGAGAGACGGAUGUGAUAAGGAACAGAAAAGACCGUAACAUAACUUGGAUAAUUGCAGGCAGUAAAGGUGAAGGAUUUACAGCCCCGUUUGAGAGUGACGUUGACCGAGUGCGGCUAAACAACUUCUCAGUGUGUGAAACACAAGGAGAUGAAUUCCUGACAUUACCCGACACCCACUUUAAGUUCAUAAUGGAGAGUAAUCACUGCCAUCCUGGACAUUUUAGACUGAACCUGACACACAGCGGUACAACAGCUUAUUCCAACAUUCAGCAGGCCCUGUUUGUCCAUGACCAUGGCAAAAUAUAUAUUUCUAGUGAAAUAUACAGAACAACUUUCAUUGAAGAUAAAACGCAACAAACAGUUUCUGGACCUGCUAUCACAGAUUGUGAUGAAUAUUCAAGUUGUGACAAUGUAAAUGCGUUCCGCUGUACCAGUAAACAACAGCUGCUAUCGGAGUGGAUGAAAAGACCCAGACACCACAAUUGGCCAACACAGGAACUGAGAAAAGUAGUUUCCGAAAUUGAGGCCCAAAUGGUUCCUGUGGGGUGUAAAAGCAGUGGAAAUAAAGACAUUGAGUGGAGGGUCUGUUUUAUUAUCAGUGAGCAAAGGCUUACUGACAGCUGGAAUAAGAACCAAUACAAAAUUUACAUUUUGCUCAAAUUAAUAAAGAAUUCUCAGCUGAAACCAAUAUCUGAUGAGAUAUCAUCGUACCUAAUGAAAAAUAUCAUGUUAUGGUUCACAGAGCAGAAUCCAGCUAAGAUAUUUAGAAAAAAAUAUUUACUUCAAAAUGUUAUGUCAUGUCUGAAAAUGUUACAGGAUGCCAUAAAAGCAAACAAUCUCUCCUAUUACAUGAUCCCACACAGAAACAUGCUGACAGGCAAAAUCAACCAAGAACAAGAAAGACAGCUGAUUGAGAAGCUAGAAAAACUGAUAAAGAAAGGUCCCCGUGUGAUACUGAGAUGCCCAAAAUUGUGUGCAGCGCUUCAGAUGUCACCAGCUGAGCUGGCAGAGAAAGGUCGCUGGAGGGACGAGCUGGAGGAGCUGUAUCUUAAGAUGGAGAUCAUAUGGUGUACAUACUGGAGUCCUGACUUGAAGGAUGAGGAGGUAUACCAGCUGGCCAACAGAGAUCAACGCUACGAAUGUUUGUAUGACAAGAUUUGUGACAUGGUCUUGCCUCAGUGGAGGGAGAACUAUGAGAGCGAUGUAAUGCACAGGAAAAUUGUUGAUGCCCUUUCAUAGCUAAAUAAGAUGGGAAACACUGAAGAAUAGAUACAGAGAAUCAAAACAGAAGUUCACACUGCAUCCGAGUAUAAGAUGUGCCAUUGAUGGUCUAAGCUUUCGCAAAACUAACAUAUAGUAUGGGGUUAAGAUCAUUUAGAGCUUUGUCGGCGAAUUGCCAUCAAUGUUUAGCCCGCCGCUUUAUAUAAAUGACGGAACAGUUCUGAGAAAGUUUAUUUAUAAAUUACUCAAUACGGCUUAAACAAACGGAUGAUUUCAAAAUCAAACAUUUUCUUCAAAACUGUUAUACUGAAAUCACUCAUUUGAGAAACCAUUAAUGAGAAUAUAAUUACCUUUUUUCGACAGUGGUGGAUGCUUUGUCUUUUUUGUAUCGCAAUAAGGAACAACAAUCUAAUAAUGAAAAUUCAAUCAUAAAAUGGCCACAUACUGUACAGAGCUACAGAUAUCUUCUUUAACUGACAGUGUAUGGUAAACAUUAUGCAAUAGUUAAGUGUAUGCUCUGGUUUCACUUCACAAGGUGUAUUGGUGACUGUUAGAGUGUAUAUUGCCACAUUCAGUUAAAAUAUAUGCCUGUAUUUUCUUUAUUUAAUAAACACUUUAAUAAAACACCUAUUAUGAUACUUAUCCGUAGCUCUGGUAUUAAUAUUAUAUUAAACAUAUUGCAGAAAUUAUAUCCGAGACAUUCAAAUAAAAUAUUGUUAAUGUUAAAAAUAUUUCCCACUUUAAAUAAAAUUGUAACACACUUA